AUGGCAAUCUCACUCCGUCACUCAAAGAAGCCACACCUGAAUCACAUAAAGCAUCACAGGCUGACUACACCCGACUAUGAAGACAUGAUUCUCAGGUUUACACCAGUUCACCACAGCAACAGGCCUAGUCUGACGGGCAGUACAUUGGCACAGCCACUGCCUGCGCUGCUCUUCGGUCAGAUUUCCUUCUGUUCCCCUCCCCGACCUUCCGGGCAGCUAAAACCUCCGGCGCAGGCCUCCGCUCAGGCAUUGGCGCUUCCCGGCGGCGCAGGCCCAAGCACACAGCGCGCUCGCCGUUAUCACUUCCACGUCAGGACGCAAGGACCGAGAGAACACAGGAGGCCCCGAGGCGUUUCCAGCAGCUUGGCUCCCCGGCACAGAGCCCCCGAUACCGCGGAGUCCCACGGCACGGCGGGGAGGGUGUUCCGCCGAAAGGCGGAGGGAGGUCCGGUGCUCGGCUCCCCGCACCGGCAGCGCGGGGCUCCCGAGGCCGCGCUGCGGGAAGCGUUGCCGCACCCCGGGCAAGCUGGGAUGUCAGCAGGCUUUGGGUGGGGGCACCAGCAGUCGUGUGGGGAAAUUGAAGCAGCUCGAUGCCCAGAUGUGGUGGUGGCGCAAAUAGACCCAAAAAAAUUGAGAAGGAAGCAGACAGUAAACAUUUCAAUUUCCGGAUGUCAGCCUGCUCCUGAAGGAUACUCUCCAACGCUCAAGUGGCAGCAGCAGCAAGUGGCCAAUUUCUCAGCCGUUCGUCAGAGCCUGAACAAGCACAGAAAUCACUGGCGGUCACAACAUUUGGACAGCAAUGUUACUAUGCCAAAAUCAGAGGAUGAAGAAGGCUGGAAGAAGUUCUGCCUGGGUGAAAGAGUAUACUCGGAAAUAAAUGCACUAUCUGAUAAUGAAAAUCUAGGAAUUGAUUACAUAAAGGUGGGCUUUCCCCCUUUGCUAAGUAUUGUAAGCAGAAUGAAUCAGGCAACAGUAACCAGUGUCUUAGAAUACCUGAUAAGCUGGUUUGGAGAGAAAAAAUUUACUCCAGAACUGGGUAGAUGGCUUUACGCACUGUUGGCAUGCCUUGAAAAACCUUUGCUACCUGAAGCUCACUCCCUUAUUCGACAGUUGGCAAGACGAUGCUCAGAAGUCAGAGUACUAGAGGAGAACAAGAAUGAAGAACAAAUAUCAGCUCUGAACCUGUUAAUCUGCUUGGUUAGCAGGUACUUUGAUCAACGUGAUCUGGCAGAUGAGCCUUCCUGACUGUUUUGAGACUGUGAAGUAUUUUGUGUCGCCAUAGUACAAACAGCAUUAGCAGAGUUAACAGCAAGACGCUGCACUGCGUAGACCUGAAGUACGAUACAACCUCUCCUCACGAUAAUGCAUUUGGGACAGCUAUGAAUAACUUAAGUGGAGGCUUUAGCAUGAGAUUGUCAGUGUCUCUGCUCAUCAUCACCAUCAUCGUACAAUGGUCAACAAAGUGUCUGGCAUCAUCUCUCAAGCUACUGUCUCUGUAAACUACAUUCUUGGUUAGAAAUUUCUACUAUCU